AUGUCGACCGGACGUAAGGUCUUCCACUGCGCCGUGGAUGAGACAGCUUUGUCUGCCAAUAUUUCCGAAAUCAAGAAAUGGACUACCCACGGCGCUAUCGACCUCGUGGUCCCCCUCUACACCCUUGAACGACUCCAUGCGCUGAAGCGGGCCGGAUCCCAGGUCGCUAUCAACGCCCGCGAGGCUGUCCGCUUCCUCGAUCGUGUCACCUCCGGCAAGGACCAUAUCACCGCCGACCGCGUCAUCCUCCAGGGUCCCAUGGAACAGUACGAUCGCUGGGAGGAGGCCGAGAAAUUCUUCCUGCCGGAAUUCGAGGAGGAGCCCGAAGCCAUCGAUGACAGUUUUGCCAAUGCUGAACCUGCGACCGAUCCCGCGACCGAUCCCGCAAUCGAUGCCUUGGCUAAGAGCGAGUCGGACGAUCUGUCGCAGAUGCUCCUUUCCAAGCUGAAUUUCAAGAAGGAUCCUGAGGCUACAUCGAUCACUUCCGUUGGCACACCCAGUGGACCGGGCUCGCGCACGUCCUCUCGGAGCUCUCGUACCAGCCCGGAGUGCGCCCAACACGACAGCAAUGGUUCCAAGAACGACAAGUGCAAAUCCAAGUCCAACCACCAGCGCAGCAUCUCCGGCUCCGUUAUACCGACUGCGCCUCCCGCCCUGCGCCCAUUGCUGAGUGCCCUCCUCUGGCGUCUGCACAACGGCCCCGAUGCAGAAAACUCGGCCAAGACCUGUAUCCUCAUCACCAACGACCGCGACACUCAGGUCUGGGCUCAGAAAUUCGGAAUCGGCGUCAAGAAUAUCCUCCAGCUUCGUACCGCUAUCCAGUACGAGGAGCGCGAAUACAAGAACCGUUGCAAAUAUGUUGAGAAAACUCAGACUCAGCCUCAGAAUCAGCCUCGGGCUGCUGAGCCUAAGACCCUCCUUUCCUACGAAGAAGAAAGCGACGAGGAUGAGUCCUCCCCCCGCGGUGCUUCGCGUGGUGGCUCGCGCAAGGCUCCCCCCAAGCCUGUGCCUGCUCCCGUCGAACCUACGGUUACCGUCGAAGUUCCUACCCAACCCAUUGACCCGGACUCGUUUAGUCGGUCGCUGGGUGGCGCUACCAAAACUCCCCCUGUGGACUUGACUGUACAGCAAACUCCUCGUGGUAACUCGGGAGCCUCGCGUCGCUCAUCGAACGGUCGUCGUGGUGCUUCCCGUGGUGCCCGAGGCAAUGGUCGUGGUCGGGGUAAGCUCUGGGUUCCUUGA